AUAUCCUUUUCCCACACCUAAUUAUUGUAUCCUCUGUACUUGCUUUCUAUUUUUGUGUUUCUGCAACAAAACAUCAUUGAAAGAAAAAUCCUAACAUUUUUGUUAUUACUUCUGCACUUGCCACCAUCUUUUCUUGCAAGAAAGAAAAAAGAAUCAUUUUUCACCAACGUUUCUUCAAAAAAGAACCACAACAAUGACAGAGAAAAACUUUGAUUCAGUUAUACCACCUGGAUUUGCUACAUCUUUAACCAAGACUGUGUCUAGAAGCAUUAGUCCUACUAGUUCUGAAACUCAAAAUUCAACAAUAACUCAUCAAAGUGAGAAGUGCAUGGAUGAUUUUGUAAGACGUGGCCUAGAUCGCCCUUGGAAACAAGAGACAUCAGUUUCACCAGAUGCGCUAUCGAUGACAACGAAAGAAACUCCAGCAGUUCCAUUGCCUCCUAUGCCACCAUCGGGAUCGAGCAUAAAUGCGCCUCUACUAAUUGUAGAUGAAGAACAGAGGGACACAAAGAUAAAUCUGAAUCCAUUGUCAAUACUGAGUCCACCACCAAAUCCACGCCUUCGGAUUAAUGAAUGUUCGCCCCACAUUAAUGAAAAAUCAAAGACCAUGAUCUCUCAUGUCAAGUCUGUGCUGGAGUUCCAGCUCACCUCUGGGAGCAUGAAAAACGUGGAAGCCAUGGUUAAGUGCGCAAACAACGCCUUCUCCACCUUGGAUUUUCUUGAAGCGGAUUAUACUUCUUUCUACAAUGACGUUAGAGAGUUCAUCGCGUAUCACUAUGAUUAUUUGCUCAUAGCAAAGAGACAAAGAGAGAUGCAAUCUUUUCCUGCAGAGCUGAAGACGAGAUACGAAGAUGCUAAAAUUUGCGCAAAUAAUCUUAAAGAUGAGAUUGUUCAAACUCAAGGCCAUAUCCUGAUGGUCGUGAAAAAGAAGGAGUCCUUUGAAAGACAGAUAGUGGAUGCAAUGGAACUAAUUGGUAAGCUGAAAGAAGGUGUGGCUGUUUUCGAACAGGAGGAAGAGGCUCUGAAACAAGAGAAACGAAAAUGCAUCGUAGCCCAUGAGAUUGCACAUCAUGAGGUGCAAAAACUUUGUACACAGGUGAAGGCAGCUAAAAAUGUACUCCAGAAAAUUGAUGAGCGCAAAAAUGCAGCUCUCAAUGGCAUUGAGUCCUCCACCAAACGUCUGAAGUCCCACCAAUCUUAACUUAAUUUUAGUGUAUUUAUGGUGCUUUUUUUAGCUUCUUAGCAUACUGAAAUGUCCACAAAUUCGAAUAGCUUAUUGAGGAAUGCUCUAAUAGCAGUCUUUUGCUUUCUUUAACGUAGGAUUUCCUUUCCUCUUAAA